UCUGAAAAAAAAUCUAAUGAGAGUAACUUUUGGACUGCUUUUGGAUUUGCAAAUUGUGGAAGUUCUAAUUUUGAUAUUAUAAUUUUAUUUCAAUGUAACUUGCGAUUAAAAUUUUAAAUGAAUUAUUUUUAUGAAAGUAUUCGAGCAGUUUUUGUUAGAUUCUGAACUUACUUGUGAUUCAGGUUUAUCUGAAAAAGAUGUAAUAAUAUAAUCUAACUUAUAAUCUGUAAAAAUGAUGCUUGGAGGGACACACAGUGAGGUAAACCCCAAUAGUUUGUGGUUGAAUAGUCGUGGCAUGUGGUUGUCUUAUCUCAUAGGUGUACUUUUUCUUCAUCUUAUCUUACUUAGCUUCCCUUUUCUCAGUGUAGCUUGGGUUUGGACACUGACAAAUGUCUUUCAUAAUGGUGCAAUGUUUGUUAUUCUACACAUAGUAAAAGGUACACCAUGGGAAUCUGCUGACCAAGGGAAAGUAAGAUAUCUCACUCAUUGGGAGCAAAUAGAUAAUGGAGAACAAUUUACUGCUACAAGGAAGUUCUUAACAGUUGUGCCAAUAGUCCUAUUUUUCCUCACCAGUUUUUACACCAAGUACGAUUCCAUGCAUUUUUGUGUGAACUUUGUAUUUCUAGCUCUGUCUCUAAUACCUAAACUCCCUCAAUUCCAUAUGGUUAGGUUAUUUGGUAUUAACCAAUACUAAACUUCAUCGUGCCAUCUGGUAAGAAAAAAUUACUAAAAACUGGGGCAGCUUUUGUGCAAAUUAUAAAGUUUGUAAUUUAUAUUGAAAACUUCAUAAUGUAUCAAGAAAAAAAUUAUUUUCUAAAAAAUUUUAUCACAGUUAUUCUUGUAAAUAUGUAACAUAACAUUUAUAUGAUUGAUUUAGAAUUAUGAUGUUACGUGUAACUUAUGUUAAUUUGUCUUUGUUGAGAAAUUUUUUAUACAUAUAUUUAAACACUAAAGAAUAUUUUCUUAAUAAAUUACUUUAGAUAUGUAGGAAAAGCAUUAAGUAAGUUCCUUUUUUGUAAGUAUAAAAGGAUAAUUUAGAUUUUUUUUUCCCUCUCUGAAAUAAUAUUUAAUGCUGUAAAUUUUAAAAUUAGAUUCUGCCAAUCCAGCUAAUGCUGGUGACUUCAUGUACUGUUUAUCUUUCUUAUUUUUAUUUAUAAAAACUCUGCAGUUGUAUACUUUUCAUUCUUAUCAUUGGACCAAGGGCACAGCCUGGCAAUUUUUCAAAAAAAUUAAAAAAUCCUUUUCUUUGCUAAAUGUCUAAAUAUGAAAUUAUGAAAACGUAGUUUUAAUUACGUUUGAUUAAUUAGAAUUCUUGACAUUAUACUUAAGGUUAAUUAUUAAUUAAAACUUUGCAACCUUAGGCUGUGUCAGUUCCAUAGACAUUCCUCUUAGCCUUAAGUUUCUACUUUCUCAUAUUUUGCAAGAAUAAUUUUUAUUGUGUGUUCUGUAUUUUAUUAUUAUUUUAAUGUUGCAAUACGUAUUUUUCUGCGUUUCAAUAAUUUUCACAUGCCUAUUUGCAAAUUUUUAAUUUUAUGAACUUAGCAGUUUGAAUAUAUCAUAAAUGUGUUACUGGAGGUUGAUAUGUUUCCAUCACAUUAUUCCUAUUAAGAAAUUCACUUAAAGUCAAAGUUUUAAAUUAUUUUCUAAGUCAGCCAUGAAAGUACUUUUCAAUAAAUAUAAUUAUUAUAUUGUUCUUAUACCAUCUAAAACAAGGGAUUUAUUUAUAAAUCAAGAUUAUAAACAACUUGUUAAAAUAUGUUUGUUUAUCAAAUUUGGGACUUGAACAAACCUUGCCCUUUCCAAAAGUGUAAAUAAAAUUUUUUUAACUUAUAUGUGAAUGUUUUUCCGUCAUUCAUUAUCAGUGGGCUGAUUUUGGAAACAAUGAUAUUUACUAACUUAGAUGUUUGUAGGAGAUUUUCACUAUACUAAAUGUACUUUGUGUAUACAAAUGGUUGAUUAGAUUUUUCUAAUAGUCAGUACAUUAUCAAUUUUGGCAAGAUGAUCAAUGAUGUAAAAUUACGUAAUAUAGAUGACAUUAAUAUUAAAGAAAUUUUAAAACAUAUUUGCUUCAUUUUUGUGCAUAGUUUUGGCCAACUGGGAUUUAAAAAGUGAAUUGUUUUGGUUAUGUUUCAGUUGAUUUUCAUUAUAAACCAGACCAGUUUUAUCUCUAUUUAUCAUUGAAAUUUAAUUAAGUCUACACUUUAUAUUACUAUAAUGGCAAAUACAUCAAAAUCUUAUUUGCUAUUCCAUGUACACAAUAUUAUUUUAAAGCAUGUUAUAGUAUUCAAAUUUUGUUUCCCCCCCCCAAAAAAAAAUUUAAAAACAAGAGAGUACUUUGAUAGAAAAGAAGUCAUUUGAUUGCUUUUUAAAUUAAAUUUUAAAGCCAUUAUUCUAAUUGAUGUUAUCAUAAAUUUUUGUGCUUAUUAUUUAUUUAUACACAUUUUUAAAAAAAAAUUUGUGACUUUAAAGUUUUUAAACUUAGGUAUCUUAAAAUUUCAAGUUAUAAGUUACUAUUUGUGAUAUUUUUAUACGCAUAUUUUAAGGACUCAGAUAGCUGUAAAAUUUGUUUUGAUUCCGUUGACUAGAUGUUGAACAUUGAAGUUUUUUAUUAAAGUAAGCAUACUUAUUUCUCUUUGUAAAAGUCAAUUUGCAAAUUUAAAUUCGUGAAGUCAUCGACAAAUUAUAAUUUGUAAGGACCAGAAUUUUUAUUUUUUUAAAUUUAUUCUGAGGACAGAAUUAUUUUUUCUCAAAACACAUAGUUCGGAAUGAAUACCAAGGAUCUGAAACUUUAAUUUUUAUUUAAAAAUCUUCCCCUGUACUUUAUCUACUGUUGUUUUUCUGAAAACCUUUAUUUCUCAUUCUCAGCAGUAUAAGUUAAAUAUAAAAACUUGUAUAGUUAGUUCCUCAAUAAUUAUUACAAGCUUUGAAGAGAUUAAUACCCAAAAAACACUCUUUCUUUUUACUAGAAUGUCAAAUAUUUACAACAAAAAUAAAAAAAUUAUAUGCCUAUAUAAUAGAACAUCAGCGCAAAAACUAAUUUUUUUUUUUUUUUACUGCAGCUAAUACAUAUAUUAAUUUUUCUUGUAAUAUGAAAUAAAUUAUACAAAUCAAGGUGUUAAUAUUAAGUUUUGUUACAAAUUUUCAAUUUACUUUCUGUUAAAAGAAAUUACUCUUGUGCAAUUUUUACACUGUUUACCGACAUUAUUUUAGAAACUUCGUUGAAAAUGUUAAAUGUGGAGCUGGUAUGAGCUUGAACUGAUAGGAUAGGAUUUUGUUCCAAAAUACUUAGUUCUUUUUUAGAAUUUUCAUUAUUUGAUAAGUAUCAAAAUGUAGACUCUUCUAAAGACAAAGUGACAAAGAAAUUAACUACAGUGCAAUUAUACAUUUUAGAUAGUGCAGUAUACAUUUUUAAAACCAUUACCCAGUGAUUCAUAUUUAAUUUUCUUCAUCAUUCAUACAUAAAAUCAAGAUUAGCAAGUUUUUUAAAAUACAUUGUAAAAACAAUUUAAACCAUUCUAUUGUAAGUUAGUUUUCUCCUGAUAAAGUUCCAAAACAAUUGUUUUUACAGUAAAAUAGCAAUUUUAAAAAUAAGCUACUUUAUGAAAUUGUAUUACCUUAUGAGUUUCUAAUUUCUUAUGCUGUAAAGAGUUUUAAGAAAUUAUAAUCACUUUUCAAGUAAGACCAAUUAACAUAAUUCAACCUUUUAGGAUCUGAAGCAUAAAAAUAAUAGUAAACAUAAAUUUCUCAUAAAAGAUGAAAUCUUUUAAUGUGGUACUUUCACGUGGCCUCAUUUAUGAAAGCUACCGUAACCUGUUGCUAAUAAAUAGAAUUUUGAUGUUAGUUAUAAAGUAAGUUUAUAGAUUUAGUGAAUUAAGAUUUAUUAUUGAAAGUUUUGUUUUCUCUACUUGUACUAUGUAUUUUUGACCCUAAAUAACUAAACAUAAAUCAGUGUUACUAUAUGACUAAUAAUUUGACUUACACUGUGAAUUAAAAAUGUGCUCAUUUUUUGUCUUUUAUGUAUUUAAAAUAAAGUAGCACAGCUUAAGGGAAUGAAUCUUAACAUUUCAUUGAAAUAUAGAUCAAUUAUAAAAUUUAACAAUUACAAUCUUUGAAUAUUUUCAAGCAUUACUAAAUGAAACAUCCUGAAUUCCCAAAUCUAGCAUAAGUCUGUAGUGUAAGACAAAUAUUUAGUUACUUAGGGUUAAACUAAAAUGCUUCCUUGGUGUUUACAAACAUGGCUGCUAUUUAUUACUGAAAUUUGUAUUUUAUAGUUAUUUUUCUCCUCUAUUCAUAAAAAAAUUCUGGCAGCUUUUCAGAUAAACUUGAGACUUACUAUUGGUGUGUUUGUUGAUGAUAUUAAUGCAUUUUUUAAUAAAUGUCAUAUUUUGUAUGCCCCAAGUUAGAAUAUCUCUUGAAAUUGUAUCUGUCAAAAGUGUAUUUUGUUGUGUUGUCAGUUUAUUAAAGAAAUAACAUAUUUUGUCUUAUUGUUGAAAUGUACAGAUUUAUAUCAAGACAAAAUAAAUGCUCAGAACUUAUUAAAAUGAGCUUGUGAUGCCCAUGUAUAUAAAUUUAUUCGAUUUGUAUUGUUUAUAAUAGAAUGUAAACAUUAUAAUCACUAAUCAAAUAGAAAGUUAUGUAUAUCACAAUUUGUGUUUUUAUUGUUAAUUAAAUAUCUCAAUAUUUUUC